GUUCUCUUAGAGACAAAAACCAUAAAACAUGACAAUUGAUGUUAGUACGUUGACGACCGACUGUGGGUUCGAUUGCCCCGCGGGAUUCGUUCAGUUCCGCAACUAUUGGUGCUUUGAGGAGUAUGCAUGCCAGGAAACGUUCUUCACCAGUGGUGAAUCACCCCUGCCCUUAUGGGUGGGAUACGCCAUUGUCCUCGGUUUCGGAGUGGCUUUCGGACUCUUCACGCUGUUCCUUGUGUAUUUGGAUAAGAAGUUCUUGGGUACAGAAAUGACCUCAGAACAGUUCAACACAGCCGGUCGCUCUGUGGGCAUCGGAUUGACAGCUUCCGUGCUUGUGUCGCAAUGGACCUGGGCCGCCACACUUUUGCAAUCGUCAUCCGUUGCCUAUCAAUACGGAAUCUCUGGACCCUUCUGGUACGCCGCCGGGGCCACAGUACAGGUGAUUCUGUUCGCCAUUAUGGCAGUCCAAGUGAAGAGGCGAGCACCCACUUCGCACACAUUCCUCGAGAUUGUGAAUGCGCGAUGGGGCAAGACAGCGCAUAUUGUGUUCCUCUGCUUUGGAUUGCUGACCAACAUCAUUGUCACAUCGAUGUUGAUCCUCGGUGGCUCGGCAUCUGUGACAGCUCUCACCGGCAUGAAUGUCGACCUGGCGUCGUUCCUGAUUCCUCUGGGCUACAUCUGUUACACGCUGGCCGGUGGUCUCAAAGCCACAUUCAUAGCCUCUUACUUUAACACUGUUGUAAUCCUCUUAAGUUUGUGCGUGUUCUCCGUGUACGUGUAUGCUUUCUCGGACGACUUGGGUUCCUCUGAUGCUGUAUGGGAGACUCUUCAAGCGGUAUCUGAGGUGGAACCAGUUGUAGAUAACAUGGAUGGAUCAUACUUGACUAUGAUGAGUAAGGGCGGUCUAGUCUUCGGAGUGAUCAACAUCAUCGGCAACUUCGGCACGGUAUUCGUCGACCAAUCAUACUGGCAGAGUGCGAUCAGUGCUACACCCCAGGCCUCCUACAAGGGUUACAUCCUAGGAGGAUUAUGCUGGUUUGCCAUCCCAUUUACUCUAGCUACGACACUCGGUCUCGCCAAUGUGAGUCUAUCUUUGCCUUUGACCUUGGCGGAAGCACAGGCCGGCCUCGUGCCCCCAGCCACAGCUCAGCAUCUAAUGGGUACAGGUGGCAGUGCAUUGAUCCUAGUCAUGCUGUUCAUGGCUGUCACAAGUACAGGUUCCGCUGAGCUCAUCGGCGUGUCAUCAGUAGUCGCGUAUGACAUAUACCGUACCUACAUCAACCCCAAUUGCACCGGAGAGCAGAUUAUCAAGGUGAGCCGGGUGGUUAUCCUGGUGUUUGGUUUGGCUAUGGGUGGGUUCGGUAUUGCCCUCAACCACAUCGGUAUCAGUCUGGGUUGGCUAUAUCUGGCAAUGGGCGUGAUGAUCGGCAGCGCAGUAUUUCCUGUCGCCUACAGUAUCACUUGGGCCGGAUGUACGGCCAAGGGAGCUAUCAGCGGCGCCCUCAUCGGUCAAUUCGCCGCUAUCGUCACAUGGCUGUCGUAUGCGUUGGUGGAGUUUGGUGAGAUCACCGUAGACACUCUGGGCGACAACUAUGUCAUCAUGGCUGCAAAUCUAGUGGCUAUCCUGGGUUCAGGGGCUAUCUGCACCACCGUGUCUCUACUGUCGAAAGAGCCACCGUGUGACUGGGAAAACACCACCAUGAAGAUCCCCUUGAUCGAGCGAGAUGUCCAAGGCACGCUUUACACGGAAGAGGAGGAUGCCGAGUUGAGACGCGUGUCCAAGCUAAUCUGGUACCUUGGCAUUGGCUUGACCCUGGUACUAGUAAUCCUAUGGCCCGUGCUGACCAUCCCCGCGGGCGUGUUCUCCAAGUCGUACUUCCAAUUCUGGGUGAUACUCAGUAUUCUGUGGGGUUGCGUAGCAACCGUUGCCUUAGUGUUCCUGCCCAUAUACGAGGCCAGAGCGUCGAUUAUGGCGGUCUUGACGUGGGGUAAGAUGGUCCCAACACCGGUUGAAGAGAGUGUGAUGACAGUGGCGCCUGAUAGCAAGUCGGAGAAGAAAGGCAUCCAGCAACAGCUACCAGAGACCAGUGUGCACAUGGUUGAUUGUACCGAUUCGGUAGUAACAUCGGAUGCACAGAUUUUGACGAAGAAAUAG